AUGGAGACAACGUCGAUCAAGGAUCUCGGCGUCGUUCAGAAGUUUCUGGGACUCAGGAUCUCUUUGGAUGACACUCGCGGAUACAUUCUGGACCAAGAGGUCAUGAUCGACGUGUUGCUCAGAGAUUUCAAGUUGGAGUCAGCGAACGGUGUGCGAAUGCCAAUCGGAGAUGACUGCAAUGAUGAUAACAAGGAUGAUGUGGACUAUCUGCCCGCGAGAGGUGCAAGCGGUGAGCCAAGUCUGAGUGUCUUUCAAUCCUUGGUCGGGAGUCUGCUAUGGAUCGCUAGAUGCACGCGGCCCGAAAUAUGUUUUGCAGUGCAUAAGGCAACUCGUCAAACACACAAGCCAACCACCAAGGACUGGAAGAUUGCGAAACGCAUUGCAAGAUACUUGAAGGCGACAAAGAACUUGAGGUUGCACCUGAACGGCAACGGACCGACUCAACAAAAUGUCAAGAUUGAGUGCUGGAGCGAUGCAGACUUCGCCGCGGACAAGAAGCAGUCAGGUGUGUCGCUGAGCACUAUGGAGGCGGAGUUCAUAUCCUCAUCCCAGGCAGGACGCGAACGGCUGGGUGUGAGGGAACUACUGCUGGAGCUAAAGCUGCAAGUAUGCAUGCCGAUGCCUAUGUGGAUGGAUAAUCAAGCGGCGAUCAAGCAACUCGAGGCAGAGAAGAGCACAACGAGCGCGAAGCACGUGGACAUCAGGUUUAAAUUCAUGUGCCACUACGCGCGUGAAGGAAUUGUGGUGCCCAAGUACGUCAAGACUGAGAGCAUGAUGGCGGACAUUUUGACGAAGUCCUUGCCAGCGCCGAGAAUGGAGGAGCUACGCAAGAUGUUCAGCUUGAGGACGAUUCAGGCUGAAGUCGAGGAGGAGUGUUCGAAGAUAUAG